AUAUGAAAUGAAUGCACCUGCCAAACAGACUCAUAGCCACACGAGAGAGAGAGAGGGGGGCGAGCGAGCGAGAUAGAGAGAGAGAGAGCGAGAUGGCACCUCGAUGCUGCUCUCACUGAGGCAGUGUUUGGAGCCGGUUAGAGAGAUUCAGUAAGGGCAGACAAAAGGAAAAAAACAUGGUGAACACAAGGAAAAGCUCACGGCUUGGGAACGGUCCCUACAUCUCCAGGAGGACUAGGUCGUCGCGGAGAAACGAGAGAAACUCUGAGGAACAUAAGGAGCCCAGCAGUGAUGUGAGCAGUCCCAGCAGCCCGCGGUUGACUCCCCCUUCCAAGCGAACGCGGCGGCAAACCGCCUCUGACCCCAGCUUCAGUGAUACUUCCCCAUCCCCUCAAACUAAGAGCCAGAGGGUCAGCUGGGGCAUUCCUACCUACCGCACCAGGCUAUCCUCUCGCAAAAUGCAAAAUGGGCACAGUAAUUCAAAUCUUGGAGGGGGAGAUCACUCUCACAUGAAUGGCCAUGUGGAGCUGAAGAGGAGCUGCCGAGUUAGGAAGAGCCAGUUUCAACACCUCAAUCAGAGCCUGCUGUUUGACCAGCUGGUCAACAGCACUGCUGAGGCUGUCCUUCAGGAGAUGGACAACAUCAGCAGCAUCCGGCAGAACCGUGAGGUGGAGCGACUUCGCAUGUGGACUGGAGACACUGAGGAGGAAAACAUGGACAUGUAUUCUCGGGUGAAACGCAGGAAAUCAAUGCGCAGGAGCACUUACACCAUGCCUACACACCAUAAAGUCAUGAGCAAAACGGAGCAGGAGGAGGAAGAGGAGGAGGAAGGGACGGAAGAGUCUCAUGGUGAGGAAGAAGAGGAAGAUGCAGAGGAUGAUGAUGAUGAAGAUGAAGAUGAUGGAGGGGAUGAAGCGGAAGAGGCAGAAGAGGAAAAUGACAGACCAUACAACCUGAGGCAGCGAAAGACAGUUCAGAGAUAUGAGGCACCACCCAUUGAGCCCGUGAACAGAAAACAGAGCAACCCCUCACUUUUUGACACUCACAGAUCCCCGGCAAGAAGAAGCCAUAUCAGAGUGAAGAAGCAUGCCAUUCACAGCAGUGACACCACCUCAUCUUCUGAUGAAGAGCGCUUUGAGCGAAGGAAAAGCAAGAGCAUGACCCGGGCUAGGAACAGAUGUUUACCCAUGAACUUAACUGCAGAAGACCUGGCUAGUGGGGUGCUGCGUGAUCGGGUGAAAGUGGGUGCUAGCUUGGCUGAUGUGGAUCCCAUGAACCUCGAUAGUUCUGUGAAAUUUGACAGUGUGGGUGGUCUCAGUAAUCACAUUCAGUCACUAAAAGAGAUGGUAGUGUUCCCUCUGCUUUAUCCUGAGAUUUUUGAGAAGUUCAAGAUUCAGCCUCCCAGAGGAUGUUUGUUCUAUGGCCCUCCAGGGACAGGAAAGACCCUGGUUGCACGGGCGCUUGCCAAUGAGUGUAGCCAGGGAGACAGGAAGGUUUCCUUCUUCAUGAGGAAAGGGGCCGACUGCCUCAGUAAAUGGGUUGGUGAAUCAGAACGCCAGCUGCGCCUGCUCUUUGACCAGGCGUACCUGAUGAGGCCAUCCAUUAUUUUCUUUGAUGAGAUAGAUGGUUUGGCUCCUGUUCGCUCCAGCAGGCAAGACCAGAUACACAGUUCUAUUGUGUCCACUCUGCUGGCCUUGAUGGACGGAUUGGACAGUCGUGGGGAGAUAGUGGUCAUUGGUGCUACAAACAGACUCGACUCUAUCGACCCAGCACUCAGGAGGCCUGGACGCUUUGACCGGGAGUUUCUGUUCAACCUGCCCGACAAGAAGGCCAGAAAACACAUCUUGGAGAUUCACACACGGGACUGGAAUCCCAAAUUGGCUGAGCCAUUUAUAGAUGAACUUGCAGAAAAAUGUGUCGGCUACUGUGGUGCUGACAUCAAAGCACUUUGCACAGAGGCAGCCUUGGUGGCGUUGCGCCGCCGCUACCCCCAGAUCUAUGGCAGCAGCGUCAAACUGAAGCUUGAUGUCACCUCCAUCGUCCUGGGGCCUGGCGACUUCAGCAAGGCCAUGAGGACAAUCGUCCCAGCCUCACAGAGGGCCUUGGCUCCUCCUGGCCGAGCCCUGUCCCCCACCCUCAGGCCAUUGCUGGCCAGCUCUUUCUCCUCGGUGCUGAAAGCUCUGCUUCGUGUCUUCCCCCAUGCUCAGUGUAAUGACAGGGACAACACAAACGAACCUGUGGUGAAACGCCACCCCUUGAGUAUGCAGAGUCUGGAUAACCAGUCAGCCUGCUGGUGCUUCAGCGGUGACAAUCAUCUGCUUGAAGAGGACUUGUACAGCGAUGAUGACAAUGAGGAAGGCUCUGCUUCCAUAUAUGAAGUCCAGCCUGCUGCAUCCCCAGAGAGACAAACUUCCUCUUCUGCAAUGCACAGACCUUUCCUCCAUUUCUCCUCCUCUGCACUUCAACAGCCCACAGCUUACCGGCCCCGUCUGCUUCUGGCUGGGCCCUUGGGCUCAGGACAGAGCUCCCAUUUGGCCCCUGCCUUGCUGCACCACCUGGACAAGCUGCCAGUGCAUCGCCUGGACUUGCCCACUCUCUACUCCGUCAGUACUAAGACACCAGAGGAGUCCUGUGCUCAGGUUUUCCGUGAGGCCCGUCGGAGUGUGCCCAGCGUAGUGUUCAUGCCACAUAUCUCAGAGUGGUGGGAGACAGUGGGAGACACUGUGAAGAGCACUUUUCUCACCUUGCUGCAGGAUGUGCCCUCUUUCAGCCCUGUCCUUAUCCUUGCCACUGCUGAGACCCACUACUUGCAACUGUCAGAAGAGGUCAGAAGUAUAUUCCAGAGGACCUACGGGGAGGUAGUAACGCUGUGCCCUCCAGGAGAAGAAGACCGGAGGAGCUUCUUCUCUGACCUGCUGCUGGUCCAAGCGACCAGGCCUCCACCACGCUACAAGAAUACAGAGCGGUGUGAAGAAGUACUGCCAGUGGCAGAGGCUCCAGGCUCUAGAGUCCUUUCAGCAGAGGAACAGCGCCGCCUGGUUGAACAGGAAGAGAACACACUGCGUGAGCUUAGGCUCUUUCUCAGGGAUGUGACCAAGCGCCUGGCCACUGACAAACGUUUUAACAUCUUCAGCAAGCCAGUUGACAUUGAGGAGGUGUCGGAUUAUCUAGAGGUGAUUCGUCAGCCCAUGGACCUGUCAACUGUCAUGACCAAGAUUGACACCCACAAGUACCUGACUGUGAAGGACUUCCUGGUGGAUAUUGACCUCAUCUGCAGUAAUGCUUUAGAAUACAAUCCUGACAAGGACCCUGGAGACAAGGUGAUCAGGCACAGAGCAUGCAGUUUAAAGGACACAGCUCAUGCUAUAUUCGCUUCUGAGCUGGACCCCGAGUUUGACCGAAUGUGUGAAGAGAUCAAGGAGGCACGCAGGAAAAGGGACCUCCAGACGCCAGCUCAGCCCAUGACGGCUCCGGGUUCUGUGGCCACCAGAAAGCACCACACUCCAGGAGAGGAGCAAGCCAGGAGCAGCACUCAGGGCGAGGCCACUGACAAGCAGUGCAGUACUAAUCAUUUAAAGCGAAAGAUUCGCCGGCGGCCAUCUUGGGGGCGGGGCAUCAUCCGUAAGAGGAAGAUCUACAAGAAGGGAACAGAAGAGGAGGAUGAAGAGCCUGAGGCAGAAGUAGAAGCUGCAGGGCCCAGUGACUCAUGUUUGACACAGGAUGAAGAUUCAUCUUGUGAUACCAUGGGUCCCCAGCCCAAUGGCCACCAUCCCCAUGCCUCCUCCACAGAGGAGGAGAGCUCCAAUGAGCCCCCUGUUGCCGCUCUUGCUGAACCUCCACAUGCCAGUGAAGCUACAGAGGAGCCAACACUUAAGAAAGAGGCACCCACAUCCAAAGAGACAGAGUCUGUAAACACAGAGAAACACACUGAACAACAUCGCUUUCGUGGCAGUUUUGAUCCCAAGGCAGACAAGGACAGCCAGGCCAAGCAGGCUGACUUCCAGCCUUUGAUUGAAAUGUGUGAGUUUUCAAAUGCUGAGGUUCAACCCAAGCACACAGAAGGUUGCCUAGUAUCCAAAGUGGACUGUGUGAAUGGAAGCGAGUCAAUGGACAGCUUGGACUCGCAGAGCCUCAAGAGGAGCAGUGAGGCAGAGAAAAGGACUCCUCAGAGCAUGAUUGAAGGCUCCAGCAAACCAGAGCAGGACGAGCACAAAGACGAACUUGAGAGCCAUCCAACUCAGGAGCACCCUUCCCAGGAUGAGGCGGGAGGACUAGAGAGUGCAGAGGAGGACGAAGAUAAAGAAGGAGAAUCUAAUGUGAGGAACCCAUCAGAGCAGUUUAUGGGAUCUGCAGAAAGAUCCGAGGAUGAGCCACAGCCACCUCCUCUGCACCCUCCAGUAGUGGUUGACCACCAGCGACUUUUGGCUCUACUGGAUAUGGCAGUGAAGAAGAGUGAGGGCUACAGCGUGGAGCAGCUGGAGAGACUGUACUCCCUCCUCAGCCAGUGUAUCUACCAGCACCGCAGAGAGUACGACAAGACGCAGCUACUGGAGGAGAUGGAAGAGAGAAUCCAGCAUUUUGAUACAUUCCAGUGAGAUGGAGAAAAUUUACCAAUCAGGUAGAUUCUGAACUGCCUGGGACCACGAAGAGACACACAAACUGAACAAGAGUGAGAGUGUGAAGGAGUUUCUGAGUCCAGCCCUCAACACAAAAACACACAUACAGAAAACCCACUGCUCCUCUUGUACUGGGAGGGUGCACGACGAGAACAAGGUUGAGGACGGAGACAUUCAAUGGUGCUAUCGUCUCAGGAACCUGGCCAGAUCCAGACCCAUUCUACACAACCAAACCCCUGGAGGUGUGUCAGUCACACGCACGCGCGCUCACACACACACACACACACACACACACACACACACACACACCAAUGGUGACGGGCAACCCUGGUGCUACUCGGGUGCUAUCCUAACUUCUAUCCAUGCUGCUCUUGGGAUUACUUUUUAACUUGGAUGAUUAGCAAAAGCAACAGAUCGUUUGAUGUCAUGUCGCAACCUGGCUGCCUCUCUCCGGAGCAGGCCAUGCAUAACCCCCCCGCCACCGCCAUUUGGUUGUGCAUGUAUUCUUUAAAACACACACCACAAAUCCACGCACACACAUCUUUACCAGCAGAAGUAUGAUUGCAGAAUGCCGCUAGGAGAUGAGGACAGAUAAUGUUCUGAAUCACUGAACUACACUGCUGAGCCCAUCUUACUCUCAAGUGGAACGCUUCAUCAUAGCCCACUUACUACCACGCUACUUUGCGGCUCAUUUUUUUUGCCACUUUGUACUUGAUUAUGUGAGCCACAAAGAAGUUUCAGCGUGAACACAAACCCGGUGACUAGAAUCGAUGAUGCUCUCUUUAUUACAGCAGCCAUCAGGUGUGGGGAAGAUGUGGGGCCCCCUCUGUGUUUGUCUCUGAGUUAAUGGUAGCUUGUAGGUUAACUAUAAAACCAGCUCAAUUCAGACGUUCGCUCACAGACCACCUCUGGCCUUCAGUCUGAUUGUGGUAGCGUAACACCCCACCACCCAAGCCACAUUAUGAAUGUUUUCCCUCCCGUUCAAAUUGUGCCCACCAGUAGGUUUUACUUUAUUUAUUUUUUUCAUUGACAUCCCAGCUGAGGAAGUGGAAGCAGUACAAAUUGGAAUGCGUCUGUAGUUUGCACUGCCUAGCGUGUGCCUUAUUUAAAGCCUCAUUUGAAACUUAGCAGGAUGGUUUAUUUCCUUGUGACAAUGAACCAUAUCCAAGCGGAGGUGAAUCUUAACCAACUGAGGUCACGGUGACCUUGAAGCAAAAAUUCUAUGUCUGUCAACAUCGUUGAGGCGAUUAACAUAUCUAGGUUACACAUCUCUAGUUGGUUUUCAUUCCAACCUGGGCCAAAAAAAAGAACUGAAGGCAUUUGAAAACCUGAGGAAUACAAUAUAUUCACUUCUUUGUCGGUGUCAGGCUCGAUAUGUCUGAAGCACUGGAAAUAUUAUAUUUAAAUGUAUUCAUGCCCUAGUUUAACCCACACCAGUCGGGGGAGGCCGGUCUCCACCUGAGCAGGCAGCGGGUGUAAGGAGAGGUUGACAACACCAGCUUUUCUUCAGUUUUUCAUAUGCAAAAAAUAAUGAUGUGAGUCGAAUCAUCUGUUGUGCCAAGUGUUAUCCCACUCCUUCAAAAGGUGCUGACAAAACAGUGCCUGUUCACAGGAAUCCUGUUUCAACUAUGAAAACGUUAGAUGGUCAAAGCAACCUAUGUCUUAAGUUGUGUAUUUGCUAAUUAUUUUUUACUUUUUUAUAAAUGUGCUUUGCUUGACAUUGCAUUUGCUUGAUUUUGCAUGGGUUGUGAAUCCAUAAUGAACAAGGCCAUUCUAGGCAGUGCCCGUCACUAAGGUGUAUAAAGCAUUACCUGAUUUUAUUUUUGGUCUCCUUUUUGAUUGUGUGUACUGACUUUAUUGAUUCAUUUGAUUCUAUGUUCUCAACAUUAGACGAGAUGCUAGAUUCUCAUCUGUGGCCGAUGUAGUAUACGUUUUGUGACGGCAGUAAAUUGAGGUAUUUACUAAAGUUGGUCACAUUUUCAUGGCAUGUUCAUGCUUUUGAAGGUGUCAUAUUUUGACCAGGUGUAGACUGGAGAAGGCCCCUUCUUUCUCUCAAGGCACCCUUGUCUAAUCCUCAAACCUCCCAGCUCACCUCUGCCUUUUCUAGGAGACAAAAGCAAAGCCCAUAUGCAAACUGGCAAUGACAGGUUAGCACUUGGACUACUGCAGAGAGAAAAACCAACGCUACCUCAGCCUAAUUUAUUUUAAUGCGAAAACUGUUUACUGGGUACAAAAACAGUGUUUUUCUCCCCGCAAAGUACUGUUGCAACAUCUACAGUACCGUCAAAGGUACCAGAUCAGUGCGACCACCGCUGCUUUGGUAAUCCAAGAGUCAUUUAUAUCUCUGAUUAUUCUGUACGUUUGCAUUUGAGCCAGAUGAUGAUUGCAUACAUUUUAAGGAUUUGUCGUGGACUUAAUAUGCUUUAGUUUCAGGUUCUCUGCCUUUUUACACUGAGGAGCCAUCAUCGAUCUGCUCCUCCAUUUUUGCAGCUCGUACGUUCAUAGAAGCUAAAGC